AUGGCCGGGCAGGGUCGAGUCUGGCUCAUGCCCCUCAUCCUGUACGCCUUCUUCGUCCACUUGGCAUGCGUUGUGCGAGCUGAUGAAUGUGAGCCCGCAUGGUGGUUGCCGGACGAGUUUGAGAUACACGACAUGCCGAUCUUUACUUCUGCGUCAUCUGCCCCUACAAACGCUUCCACUUUGCUCGCCAGCUCAACAUCGGAGUCUGCCAUUCCAACUCCCGUCGGGCCAAACCCCUUGAUUACGACUGGGAACCUGAACGCCGGCGAGAUCAGCUGCCGAUACACAGCCAACACCUACGACACUGAGCUGGACUGCUGCACCUGCGCCAAGUUGGCCAAACGCUACGGUAUUUCCGUCGACCUUUUCUUCCAGCUGAAUCCUGGAGUCAACAAAGAAUGCAACAACCUCCGCCAUAACACGGAAUACUGUGUCCGCGGUUUCAUCGAACCUGGUACCAGCUUUCCAUGUUGUAACUCGAACACGUUCACUUGCGGUGAUUCCGUAGAAGAAGACUGCGCGCCAGGCAUAUGCUACGAAGGCCUCUGCUAUGGAGACAAGAUUUGGAGCACCACCGGCGACUGUGGCAAACAGCACGGGUAUAAGAAGUGCGCCGGGAAAUGGGGUGACUGCUGCAAUGCUCAAGGGCGGUGCGGUACUGGCCCCGACUUUUGCGGGAUCGGCAAUUGCCAGCUAGGUGACUGCAACCUCUCCGUGUCCGUGCCAGCUACCCAAUUAUCCAUGAGGCCAUUCACAGAGUCGAGCACGGAUUUGAGCUCCUCGACCUCCGGCAACCCAGAAACAACCACAGCACGACCAAGUAUGACAACAACCACCAAGCCUCCCAGCACAUAG